AUGGUCGACAGAUCGGCCGACAGCACAGUGGAACACGAAGAUACAGAGAAACUACCCUCUUCCAAGCUUGGAACAAAAGAAUAGUAAGCAGCAUCACCUAAGUAUUGUAACAUAUGUUUUCUCUGCAUUUUUCUAUAGCCACACUUUUUCCAUUUUUAUUUUUUAAUUUGAGGUCUCCAAACCUUGAUACUGUUAAUAUUUCUUCAAGUUGUUUCUCAUGACUUUGGUAGUGUGGUCUUUUUUGAGAAUCAUGGUCAUGAAAUAAGGUACACCUUGACUUAAACAGGGCAGUGAAAUGGACGAUUUUUGUCUCCAAAAGGGUGACAGGUCUACCCAAGUUUACCCUUGAGUGCCCCUUCCCCCCCCUCCCUCCCAGGGAAAUCACCCCGACCUUGUUCCCAGGUUCUCUCUGCUACCCGUCGAGAUGGGUAGGAGAUGGUCUACCCUGAUGGACUACUAAUGGACUACCCAGGAUACGAAUCUGGGACAUAUCGAAGGGAGGUGGAUGCUCUCAGGCCUGUAGGAACGAAUUUGAAAGUGAGAGGGCACAAACAAAAAUUAGCCCUAACAAAAUAUUUUUUAAAUCCAAAAGGGAAUUGCCUUGUGUUAUUAACUCAGUAUUUUUGACGAUAAAGUGGUAGUUUUUUUUUUGAAAAAUUUUGCCCAAAAAGUGAGGGGUGGGGAAUGGGGCAUGAGCCUGCUUGGCCCCCCUACUCCUACUGGCCUGCUCUCAUUGACUGCACCACCCUCUCAACUUUGGGACCAGGGACUACAUGACAGUUAAGUUUUUGAAAAAUCCUAAAAAGUGAUACUUACUGUGAGCCAUGCAUGGUGACAGUCCAGUACAGUUCCAAUAAUGAAGCAUCUGAGUGGCUGGGUAUCCUGCAAGUCUGGAUAGAAAACAAGUUAAGCUUGGUUUCUAGAUGGUCACUUUAACAUAGCCACGAAAAGUCUGUUAUACUGUACUCUUUAUUUGGAUUUGCAAGAUGGCAAUCCAAUGCAUAAUUUCUCCUCUUUUAUUAAUUUUUUUUUCGUUAUUUUCAGUUGGGAUGAGGCCUACUCAGCAGAGCUUGCCAACUUCAAUGACAAUGGUGAUGUUGGUGAAGUCUGGUAAAUGUGUGUCAUAUCUAUUUAUGCAAAUAUUAUCUUCUGUUUGUAAACUGUUUAUCAUGUCAGGAAUAUUAUUGAUUCAUCCUUCCCCCUUCAAACAAAGUUGAUUGUUAUUGGCCUCUGCUUAUAAGACAGUUACUUUAAUAAACCCCCUUAAAAAAUCAUUGACUAACCCCAGGCUUUCGGACACGACUUUCUUUGGAUGCUGCUAAAAGAGAAAAAUCUUGCCCAGGAAUAUUGGAACCUCUCACUUAUGAUCACCACCACCUCAUGAGAGUUACUUUAACACAACUUUCUGGCUACUUGUUUAAAACCUUUCUUCAUUAUUGUGAAACAACCACUUGACAGAUUUUCUAAUCUGCUCUGGGGGCAACCUGGGUAUUUCAGAUCCAUGCAACCCUGGCAAGACGAUCAAUUUGUUUUCUCGUAUUUAUUAAUUAAUAAGUUUUUUUUAUUUAUUUACAGCGCAAUAUUCAUAUAUCUAUAUAUUUUUACAUUUAGGUACUGUUCCUUUUUUAACAGGUUUGGGGAAAGCAGCAUGACCAGAAUAGUCAAAUGGAUAAAAAGUAAUGAAAAGAUAACAAAGUCUUCAACAUUUUUAGACAUUGGCUGUGGGAAUGGCAUGCUUCUUGUGAAGUUGGUAGGUUUACUCACUAACAAAGUUUGAUUCACUUUGCUUGCUUUUCUUUUCUCAGGAAAAAAGUUAGUUGUUAAUAAUGGUUUAUAAAUAUAAUAUAGUGUUAACUCUGCAGUGAUAGUCCUAUAUAUAGAUUUGAAAUACCAGAUUCCCCUUCCAAUAACAUUGAACAUGCUUGUUAAUCAAAUUAAGCACAAAUUUCUUUGGUAAAUUACAUCAGAAGUUACUUAGCGUUUUAUUCCACGCACCAAGGUGUUGUGUUUAUUUUGGUUAGUUUCUUGUUUAUUUCAGGCUCACCAUGGAUACACAAACUUAACAGGUGUGGAUUAUUCACAGAGUGCUGUAGAUUUGGCAUCAUCCGUAGCAGCAGAGGAACAAGUCAACAUUAAAUAUCUGGUGAGUGUUUCUUUUUUUUUCACUGUGAAGAUUGAUUUACAGGUACACCAGGCAAAGUCUACCAUGUCCAUAGAUUUCAUCAAUGAAUUGAUUAUUUGAAAAAUGAAUUUGUUAGUCAUUGCUACAGCCAGCUUGAAUUCAAAUCUUUGUUUCGGCAUGCAUAAUGAGCAGUGAAUUUUUUGGCUACAACUUUACAGUAUUCAGUUGGAUGGGAAAAUCUUUGAAUGGAUAAAUUGCUUUGAAGACACUAUAUAACUUAUAUCAAAUUCAAGAAAACUGAGUUGUCAGAAUUUUCAGAACUACCUCAUGUGUGAAUUCAUCGUUCAGUACAAAUGAAUCUGAAAUCUACAAUUACUAGCCGAUUAAACUGUAAAAAAUAAAUUCGUAAAUGAAAUCUUUGGAGGAGGGGAGGUUUGCGCUUGACCUGGAUUCCAUAUUUUACUAAUUGCUAAGUAAAAUAUUAUGAAUCUCAUUAAAGAAAGAUAAAAAAGCAUGCAAAAAAACUGUUUGACAGUUGAUGUUAUCAUAGGAUUUUGUUUAUUACAGCAUGCAGUGUAAUAGGUUUCACUAAUGUAAAUAGUCACAUUUGAAUUGAAUAGCCGGAGUAAUACUUUUGAGGCUAUGGACCAAAUUCUUGAGUCAAAGUGUAACCACUUUACUGAAAUGAAAGCUACUGAGCACUGAGCACUAAUUAUAAUAUUUAUUGGUUCUUAGAGUCUAUUAUGCUGUUCUACAAGGUGAUUCUACAGUCAUAUAAGUUUCAGGGUGUGGUUGAACUCCUAGAGUGUGACCAUUCAAAUGAACGCUUCUGACUAGUACUUUCUUGCAGUACCAAUAAUUAUGCUGUACAAGGUAAUUCAUACAGUAGAUGGUCUAAUUUAUUUGCUGAAAAACAGGUGUGGGACAUCCUUAAUACAGAGAGUGGUGGCCUGUGCAGUGAUCAGAAGUUUGAUGUGUGUCUAGACAAGGGAACUUAUGAUGCCAUUAGCCUAAAUCCGGAUGAUGCCACAGGCUGCCAAGCAAAGUAUAUUGACAACGUUUCCUGUUUACUGACUUCUGAUGGAGUGUUCAUCAUUUGCUCCUGUAAUUGGACAAAGCCAGAACUUCUUGCUCAAUUUAGUAACAGUAAGUGGGAUAACUAAUGUCUGUUAGUUAGAUGUACAUGUUUGGAUACAAUCAUCAUUUUGCGAGUGAUCUAGGCUAAAAUUUUUGUUGUUUCAAAAUUUGUUUACUCUUGUUUCAAGAAGAAUUUCUAAAGAAAAAGCUGUUAAAACGUAAAUACUGUCAUUAUUUUCCCUCUGCAGUACGUACAGUACAAUAAUGCUAGUGGGGUCUAACUGUAGGUACUGCAUCGUUUACCCUCUGCGAAACAACCUUAAUUAAACCGUGUAAACAAAUGUUCAAGUAAAAGUAACAAGACAACGGGGAGCUUAUGGCGCUCUUACAAGGUUAGAAAUGCCAACUGGUUGAAGGCAUUAAGUAGUUGGCUUUUUCUAAGUGUAGCUAGACACCACUCCAGCUAGUGUCUGGGGCGGGUCUUGAACACUGGGCUACCUAAUUGCCGGCCCCGUGCACAGAUCACUCAGCCACAGUAUCCCCCUCCCUCCCACCACGUUUAUGUGAACAGGAAAAGGCAGACAACUAACAAACUGGGAGAGUUUGCUUUGCAGGAAAGAUCAAUCAAUCAAUCAAUCAAUCAAUCAAUCAAUCAAUCAAUCAAUCAAUCUUUAUUCCUCUAAGAUAAAAAGACAUAUCUUAAGUUACAUCAGCAGUUGAGAAUCAUAAAAAGAAAGAAUCAUAAAACAUACUGUAUACAAAUAAUAGAAAGAUCAAAGAUUAUAUCUAAAAAUUAUAUCCUAUUUACAAAAACAUUCUUAAAUCGAUCAUUUUGCCUUCUCUGUAGACUGAAUUUAUACACUGUCGGCUUCCCUUCGAUUUUGCUUAUGCGUUCACCAUUUGUAUUUCGUUACAGAAUUUGAGUUUCUGGAAUCGCUUCCUGCUCCUUCUUUCUCGUUUGGUGGUCAGUCUGGAAAUACUGUCACAACAUUGGUGUUCAGAGCAAAAAAGUCGUAA